AUGGCGAAUUUUGAGAUCUAUAUACCCACCAAUCUAUCCUUUCAAGAUUACAUCGCCGUAAUACAGACAGCUCGUGUCUGGGCCGAUGGCUACGACAGAAAGGAUCUGGCUCGUCUCUCAGCAACACUCGCCCCCGAAGUAAUCGUAGACUACACCUCCGUCGUCCCCUCCUGGGGCGAAAAGCGAUACACAUCCCACGAAUUUGCAACCGAAUGGCUCUCCGCCGAACACCUGGGCAACAGAGCGCUCGCAACACAACAUCUCCUCGCUCAACCAUACAUCAAAAGCGUGGCCGAGGACGAGAUUGUGGUUCAGUGGCAGCAGCUUGCUAGUCACGGGCGCUGGGAGGAUGGAAAUGCGAACACAGACGGAGGGAAGAAGAGGACGAUUGUUGAAACGAGUGAUGGGAGGUCUUGGAUGGAACAUAAAUUCGUGAGGAUCGAGGGGAGGUGGAAGAUUGCAAGGAUAACACCGGAGUUGACAUAUGAUACGGGUGAUUUUAUGAGGGUUAGAAGGCCGGAGGGGGCGGCUUAG